AUGAGGUCUGAGGAGACCACGCUGGCGGAAAAGGACAGGGAUGAGGCCUUCGACUUCUUGAAGAAGACCGAGCAGGUGCUCCAUGGGGGCUCUGUGCCUUAUCCCAAGGCUCUUGCCAGGAAGAUUGAUAUGAGAAUCAUGACUGUUAUGUGUGGCAGCUACUUCCUGCAGUUCAUUGAUAAGAACUCCCUCAACCUGGCUGCCGUGCUGGGUAUCAAGGCCCACCUGGAAGACCAUCCCAACGGGUUCGCCAACCUGGGCACCAUCUUCUAUGCGUCUUACAUAUUUGCCGAACCGUUUGCCUCGUAUCUGCUCCAGGUGCUGCCAACUUCGAAGUUCCUCUCAGCCUGCAUCAUCGCCUGGGGCUGUGUGGUGGCCUGCCACGCUGCGUGUAAGACCUAUGCCAGUCUGAUGGUGAUCAGAACAUUGCUGGGUAUCUUUGAGGCGGCACUGUCCCCAGGUUUAAUCGUCAUAUCGUCGAUGUACUGGACCAAGGAGGAGAACAUGAAGAGAACGGGCAUCUGGGUCUCGUUUGCCGGUCUGUCCACAAUCGUUGGAGGACUGUUGUCAUUUGCGUUCCAGCACGUCCAUGCUUCGCUCGAGUCAUGGCAGAUCUUCUUUCUUGUGCUUGGAUGCGUCACUAUUGUGUUUGGCAUCUACAUGUACAUGGUCUUGCCUAACAAUCCAACAAGUGCGUCUUUCCUCACCGAGGAGGAGAAGAUGAUUGUGCUGGAACACAUCAGGGUGAACCAGACAGGAACAGAGAAUAAGACGUUCAAGAAGAAGCAGAUCAUGGAGCUGUUGUUCCGUGAUAAGCACACUUGGCCGUUGUUCUUCCUGACAAUCAUUUCGAUGAUAUCCACAGGUGCUCUUGGUACGUGGUCUGUGACGAUUUACAAGACCUUUGGAUUCAGCUCAAAGGUGUCGUCACUCCUACAGAUGCCUGUCGGAGCUGCCAUGAUCAUCGCCAUCCUUGGUGGCACCUACACGUGCUCCAAGAUUGGCAAGAGAACCAUCGUGUUUAUGAUUAUGUGCCUACCAGGCAUUGCCGGUUACGUGAUUCUCCUUGAGAAUCCAAACCGCAUAGCAAAUCUCAUCUCCAUCUAUAUGAUCAUGGGAUCAACUGGUGUCAUUGCGCUUCUAUACUCAUGGAACAGUGCCAAUACAGCAGGCCACACCAAGAAGAUUGCCAGAAACGCCAUGACAAUGAUUGCGUUCUCCAUCGGCUCCCUGAUAGGCCCUCAGCUCUUCAGAGCAGACGAGGCACCAGAGUACAGAACAGCAAAGGCCGUGCUGAUCGCAACGUCCGUCGUCUCGGUCCCAUUGGCUGGCCUUGUAGGGUAUAUCAGCAAGAAGGAGAACGAGAGAAGAGACAAGAUGGGCCCUGUAACGCUGCCACCAAACUACGAGUUCAGAGAUCUCACCGACAUUGAGAACCCAAACUUCAGAUAUGCAUAUUAA